AUGAAGACUUUCAUCGCUGCUGGCAAAAAGGCUUUGGACAAGCCACAUCAGGCGCCGGUAGUAAAAGGGAAGCAAACUCAGACCUUGGACAAGCUACAUCAGGCGCCGGUAACUGAAGGAAAUCCAUUGGCCAUUCAAUCAGUGGACUGCCCUGCUGAUGAUACGAUAACUCUGUUGCAUGAUCAUCGAGCCAUCGCUGCCGACGCUGUUGUUGCGUUGUCGGAUCAAGAAGCUAUCGCCGCCGCUGCUGCUGCAAUAAUUGAGGGAGACAAAUCAGUUUCCUAUCAAUCUUCAUCAGCGAUCGCAGCGCAAACCGUUGCCAUCAAUAGAGAAAAAUCCUUAUCACCGGCAAUAAUUCAAAGUAAGGAUUGCCGGCAAGAGUCACCGUUGACAACUGAGGGAGAAACUCCUCCGAUUCCGCAACCACCUCCCAACACUGAAAUCUGA